UUAGGCAUUGAGUACAUACGUUUUUGGUUCUUACGGUUUGCUUUUUAUAUAUUUAUACAGGAACAUUUUUGUAUUUUACAUGCCAUGCCCUUUUGUUUCCAUUACGUGUGUUAGAGAAUCACCUGGCGGGGAUAACUUUUAUUUACACUGUCCCGUGUCUUUGGAACAUGGUGGGGGUAAAAGUGAGGUUGGGUGCGCACCAUAAACCGGUUUAAGCUCCCCAGUUGUGUUUUUGCCACUGACCAUUCCAAAGCGGUGCCCCGCUGUGUUCCUUUAUUUGUUCGUUUUGUCCUCGUGUGUUUGCUUUGUAUGCGAGAGUGUGUGUUUGUAGUGUGCAUUUCUGCGUGCUGUGGAUUUCGUUUUGGGGAGGCUGCCUUUUUUGGAACAUGGCAUUCUCUGUUUGAUAUUUUUCCUUGUUUUUUUAGGCCUUAUAAAUUAUGUUGUUUUUUUUUUUUUUUGACGAGAAAGAAAUGCAUGUCUGGCACAGACAAGGAAUGUAUAUUUUAUACCAUUCAUAUUUAAAGGAAAAGCAGGCAAUGGCCCAGCUGCUUACAUCUUGUUGUCGGUUUUUUUAAUUUUUGCAGUAUUAGCUGAAACAGCAGCAUUCAUUUUCUUCAUUUGCAGGUAAGUUAUUAUUUGAAAUGAUAUCGCUUACAACUGUGACAUUACCUGGCUAAAACGACAGGGAUGUGAAAGUUAUUGUAACAAACCGCACAUGAAUGCUCGUGAAAAGGUUUACGAACAGCAAAAACCUAAAGAACCAUUACACGCAUGUACCUAAUGCCGUUGCAUAAAAACAGGCCAUUAAAUGCGCGGUGAAAUAGAUCAGAUGACAGGAGGUCAGUCCAAGUUUGCUUUUAGUAUUGCCUUUCAUAGCGUCCUUGACAUGUAGUUUGUUAACUUAACAAAUGUCGGGUUUGGGUUAUGAAACCAGUAACCUGAGUAUCCAGUAAUAAGUUGUUGAAAUUCGAUUUUAUGAACAUAACACAUUUUUUUCAUUUUAGUUCAGAAGAUGUCAGCCUCACAUAAGUGGUGAAUUACGAAUUUUGAAAUUUGUUAUUAUCGGAAUACUUAAAUACGUUCCAGGAAAAGACGAUCAGCUGAUGUCAAGUAUGUCUGUCACCAUAGAAAACAAGAAACUGAUAACUGUCAUCUCUAUAGGUAUGCGCCCAAUAAUUCCUGCGACUUCAAUAGUUUAAAAGAUGAGGAAGGUUUCAAGUACAGCACUGACGAUAUGCGGAAAUCAUUCUUACCAGCCGUUUGGUCACAUGGGUUGUUUUAACAAGAAAUCAUUUCCUAACAGAGAUAUCAAGUACUAUUAUCAAAAUAUCUCAAUGACUGGUUCUGUGUGUAUUGAAAUAUGUCGCUCUGUAAGCUUGAGAUAUGCAGCGACAAAGGGUCAUUACUGUUUCUGUAAUAAAAGUAUCUCUCACUACAAUGGACCAUCCAAUUGCAACUAUAAAUGUCCUGGUAAAAAGACAGAAAUCUGUGGGGGAAACAAGUCACUAUCAAUUUAUGAUACAUUGGCUUACCAGCCGUUUGGUCACAUGGGUUGUUUUAACAAGAAAUCAUUUCCUAUUAGAGAUAUCAAGUACUAUUAUCAAAAUAUCUCAAUGACUGGUUCUGUGUGUAUUAAAAUAUGUCGCUCUGUAAGCUUGAGAUAUGCAGCGACAAAGGGUCAUUACUGUUUCUGUAAUAAAAAUAUCUCUCACUACAAUGGACCAUCCAAUUGCAACUAUAAAUGUCCUGGUAAAAAGACAGAAAUCUGUGGGGGAAACAAGUCACUAUCAAUUUAUGAUACAUUGGCAGCUGUAAAGGCAACAAUUCGAUCUACGACACCAAACAGUACCAUGAAAAGAACAUCUGAAAUUACAAGUACGUCUACUGAACAAGUUGAUCACGAUACAGGAAGAGGAACAGAUGACCUCGUUUCCGUUUACAUCUCAGUUCCAGUUCUGGUCACGACUGUGGCUGCCCUUACAGGAGUCGUCUUCUGUCUUAAGCGAAAAAGCCGACAUACUGAUGACCAAUACGUAUGUUUCCGGCGAAAGAAUGUUAUAAAAAACAGUCAUCCGUUUAAUACUGCAGUAAAUAAAACGUUCAAUGUCAAAACUUCCAACGACGACAGUAAUUGUUCCCAUCGUUCUUCUAACAACACUGUCUCCAUUGGUAUACUUCAGGGGCAAUACACAACAGACGCAACAAAAUCUAGUGGCACAUAUGACACUCUACAAGGUAGUUCAAAAGCAAAUACUAUCAAAACAUCUGAUUGUUUUCAGACCGUGUAUGAUCACGUGAUUGUUGGUAACCAUAUCAACUAGACCACUGACACUGAUGAUUACUCUCAUCUGCAUACACUUCAAAUAAGCAAUCGCCAACAAACGUAUUUCAAAAUUAUAGAUAACCAUCUUACCGAAGACGAUAGAACAUCAGACAGAUAUUGUGUCAAUAGCGGUGAUCAGUACGAGCGCUCACAUCAUGAAUAUGUCAUUCCCGAGCUGGAAGAAUACCCUAUCGUACUGGAAUGAAAAUACUUUUAAAUCUAAGGCUUUUGUUUCAGCGGAUGCCAAAUUUUAUGUGAAAUAAAACAAAAUAAUCCUGAAAACAUCUUAAUACACAGAAGUUAGGUUUAACAUAAUUAUUAUAUUAAAUUGUUAAAUUAAUUGUAAAGUAACAUGAACUUUACAAAUUAUGUUUAUAACUGUAGUGAAGAGUGAAAAAUAAAAGUUUCUACAA